AUGUCUGGGCUUGAAAUCGCUUCUGCUGCCAUUGUGGGCUCCCAAUUGUUGGAUGCUAAAUUGCACGUUUCUGAGGAUCUUCGUUUGGUGAAGAACGUUGUAUCUAAAGCUGUGCCUUAUUUCUACUCCGUUUACAGAGGCAAGGCCUCCUACUGGUACCUUUUCGAAAAGGCUGCCUUGAAGUACCCUGACAACUUGGCUGUCUCCUUCCCUCGCCCUAGAAAGGAUGCUCCAACUCCACAGAAGGACGCUGAGGGCUACCCUAUUUAUGAUGAUCAAUUCACCAUGGAAAACUACACUUACCGUGAGUUGUACGCCAUGGUCUUGAGAUUGUCUUACAUUUUGAAGAAUGACUAUGGUGUCACCUCCAAGGAUACUAUUGGUGUCGAUUGCAUGAACAAGCCUUUGUUCUUGUUGUUGUGGUUGGCCUUGUGGAACAUUGGUGCUUUGCCUGCGUUCUUGAACUACAACACCAAGGAUAAGCCUUUGGUUCACUGUAUCAAGAUUGCCGGUGUGUCUCAGGUUUUCAUUGACCCUGAUUGCGCUGACCCAAUCAAGGAGACCGAGCCUUUGAUUAACGAGGAAUUGCCAAACGUUAAGUUACACUACAUCAACGAGCCUGAAUUGCUCAAGGUUUUGGGCGACAGAUCAAGACCUAAGCACAGAGCCGCUGACAACACUAGAAGACCCACAGAUAAGGACUCCUCUUGCUGUGCGUUGAUUUACACUUCUGGUACUACCGGUUUGCCAAAGGCUGGUAUCAUGUCCUGGAGAAAGGCUUUCAUGGCAACCGCUUUCUUCGGUUCUAUCAUGAAGAUUGACAAAAAAUCUACCGUCAUGACCGCCAUGCCGCUAUAUCAUUCCACUGCCGCCAUGUUGGGUGUUUGUCCUACUCUUUCAACUGGUGGUUGUGUGGUUGUGUGUCAGAAAUUCUCCGCCUCCACUUUCUGGACUCAGGCUAGAUUAUCUGAAGCCACUCAUAUCCAAUAUGUUGGUGAAGUCUGUCGUUACUUGUUGAACUCCAAAUCUCACCCAGACCAAUCUAAGCACCAGGUCAAGAUUGCUUACGGUAACGGUUUGAGAAGAGAUAUCUGGAGAGAGUUCAAGCGCAGAUUCCACAUUGAAGGUGUUGGUGAGUUCUACGCCUCCACUGAGUCUCCAAUUGCUACUACAAACAUCCAGUACGGUGACUUCGGUGUCGGUGCUUGUCGUAAAUACGGUUCCCUCAUCAGUACCGUUCUUGGUUUCACCCAGGUUUUGGUCAAGAUGGACCCAGAGGAUGAGAGUGAGAUCUGGAGAGACCCUAAGACUGGUUUCUGUGCUAAGACUGAUACCAACACUCCAGGUGAGUUGUUAAUGAAGAUUAUGGAUGCUAAGAAUGUUGAGGGCUCUUUCCAGGGUUACUACGGUAACAAUGAAGCCACCAAUAAGAAGGUCAUCAGAGAUGUCUUCAGAAAGGGUGACGCUUGGUUCAGAUCCGGUGACUUGUUGAAGAUGGAUGAGGACAACUUGUUGUACUUCGUCGAUAGAUUAGGUGACACUUUCAGAUGGAGAUCUGAGAACGUGUCCGCCACUGAGGUUGAGAACGAAUUGAUGGGAUCAGGUGCUAUCAAGCAGUCUGUUGUCGUCGGUGUUCGUGUUCCAAACUACGAGGGAAGAGCUGGUUUCGCCGUCAUCGAUCCUGCUGACGGACUCUCGGACGAGGAGGUCUUGGCCAAGAUCCACGGUCAUGUUGUCAAGUCCUUGCCUAAAUACGCUGUUCCUCAGUUCAUCAAGAUCAAGGCCGACGGUAUCGUUGCCUCUCACAACCACAAGGUGCCAAAGAACCAGUUUAAGAACCAGAAAUUGCCAAAGGGUGAGAACGGUGACGAUCUCAUCUACUGGUUGAACGGUGACCGCUACGAAGAAUUGACCGAGGAUGCCUGGUCUCAUAUCAUGAGCGGAAAGACCAAGUUGUAA